AUGCUCAUUAGGGUAGAUUACGAUUUUUUAUUAAAGUUACAAAGUCUUAUAAUAGAUUGGUGUAUAGAUGGAGUUAUAUUGCGUAAUGUGUACAACCAAGCACUUGAUCAUCUAAAAAGCGAACGACCCGACCUUUCAGAUAAAUUUGUUAGAAGCCUUGGUCAUGGAAUUGGCACCGAGUUUCAUGAAUCUGCAUAUGUAUUAAAUUCAAAUAGCAAUAAGGUUUUUAAAAAUGGAAUGGUAUUGAAUCUAAUUGUUGGAUUUCAAAAUAUAACAAAUCCUAAAGCAAAAGAUGAUCAAACAAAAAACUAUUCCAUAUGGAUUAUUGAUACCGUCAAAAUUUCAGAUGAUACGUGUCAUUAUAUGACAGAUGGAAAUAGAAACCGUGAUGCUACCACUUUUUUCACUGAAGACAAAGAAGAUGAUGAGAAUAAAAAAUAUACUACCACUUUAUUCAAAGACGAAGAACGAAAAGAGCAUCAAGCUGAAUUAGCAAGACAGAAACAAACUGAUGGCUUGGCUUGCCUUCUCGAGGGAAAAAGAGACAAUAUGAUUGAGGUACAUGAACAAAUAGUUAAACUCAAGAAAAACUCGACUAAAAAAGAAGCAGAACAUAUACUAGCAGAUGUUUUCAAUAUUAAACAUUUAUUUUUCCAACCUUGUGACUACGAGUUGAUUGUAAUUUUGCACAUACAUUUAAUCAAUCCAAUUGUCUUUGGAAAGGAAAAGGCCAAAGACAUUCAGUUUUUCCGUGAAACGUCUGAUGCUCAAUUUGAUGAGACUGAUUAUGGUAAAAGAAAGACCAAGUAUGUUGAUGAAGAAGAGGUUGGUUCAGAGCUAAAGGAUCAUAGAAGACAAUUCUUGUUAAAUAAAAGUUUUAAAGGCUUUGCCAAUAAAAUUGCAAAGUCCAGUAAUGAAAAAGUACAUGUGGAUGUUCCUUUUAGAGAUAUUGGAUUCUUCGGUUUUCCAUUUAAAACCAAUGUAUUAUUACAACCAACAACUGAUUGUCUUGUUCAUUUAGUAGAUUUGCCAUUUUUAGUUAUAACUAUGUCUGAUGUAGAAGUAGUGAACUUGGAAAGAAUACAACAUGGAUUUAAAAAUUUCGACAUGGUGUUAAUUUUCAAAGAUUAUACACGCCCACCAAUGCAUAUUGACACCAUUCCAAUGCAUCAAUUAGAAGGUGUAAAAGAAUGGAUGGAUUCAAAAGAUAUUUUAUUUUAUGAAGGAACGACUAAUUUAAAUUGGGCACAAAUAAUGAGAUAUAUUAACAAAGAUCCAGUAGGAUUUUAUAAUAAUGGUGGCUGGUCAUUUUUACAUGAAAAGGAUUUGGAUUCAAGUAGCAGCGAUGAUUAUGAAGAAUCAGGAGGAAGUGAUGAAUCUGGUGACGAGAAAAAACGAAAACAUUCCAUUGAUCCUACUACAAGCACAAAUAAAAAACUCAAUAUAUGA